AUGUUGCAGAAAGUGAUUCUGGUAACUUGCCUGCUGUGUGUAUCCGCACAGGCGUUGGCUAGCAGCGAUGACAAAUUCAUCAAAAAGUAUGCCAUGAUGAAGAUUUAUGAAAGCUGUUUUGGCCCUGAAGUUGUGAAACAAAUAAGAGAAGAGAUGAAAGAAGCCUACGCUAAGUGCUCACUACCGCCAUCUUUUGAAGAACCUUCGAACCCGGUUCAAAUGCCGCAAGUGUUGCUCGGGAAGCUGCCACCCGGUUUCGCCAUGGACCCGAACACGCAAACUAUUACUAAGCCAACAGAUGGCGCUGUUCAUGGCCAAGAAAAUGAUUUGUCUAAUUUGGAAUCUAAACCACAAAAACCAUCAUCGAUGGGAGGUGUUCUGUCUUAUAGGCCCCUAGCGCCGAGUUUCCAACAGCCUUCCAUCCCGCCGUACAUGAUGCCGAAUCCUCAGUUCCGCCCCUACAGUCCAGCCGCGUCGUUCUUCCAGACGCCUUACAGCGCUCCCGGGAUAUUCUACCCGCCCGGUUUCCAAUACAAUCCUUACGCGUACCCGCAGCAGUUUCAGCAAGCGUUUUACCAGCAACCAUUCUUCGGCACCGGCAGAAUUUCGCGCGAUAUGGACCUGCGGGACCGCUUGGAGCUGAUCUCGCGCGGGCCUAGCGCCGGUCGCCUGCGCAACGUCACCUGCGUGAUGCAAGAGCUCGGCUACAUCGACCACACGCUCGAGCCAAACUACGAUCAAAUCAAGCAGCGGAUCAACAACCUCCCCGUUUCCAGUGCACUGAAGAGCGACAUACAGGACGGCCUCCAGUUCUGUCAGAAGUUUUCGCAAUGUGUACCAGAAAUAAAACGCGAUGUGGCACCGCUUUCACAAGAACUGAUCAAGCCCAUGUUCUUCUUCCGCUGUUACAAGCAUAAAAAGUUGGAGGCUUGCAUUAUGAAAGACAUCCGUGAGCGAUUUACUUCAGAAGACGAGUUGGAUACGGAGAGCGAUUUUAGAUAUCUUUCCAGGUCAGCCCGAUCCAUUCGUGACGACUCUCUGCCAGACCCAAGAUUUGAAGCAUUAGAUGAAAUGGCGGUUUACUUUUACGACUAUUUAAGUGGCGGGAACGGAAUGGAUUACGACCUAUAUUUGUAG